AUGGCGGGAGGCGGGGCGUCGUCGGCGUGGGGCCCGGGCCCGGCGCUGGUGACCGCGCUGGUGGCGCUGCUCGGGCUCGGCCUCGCCGCCUACAUCGUCGGCCCGCAACUCUACUGGCACGCCGCGGAGGCGCUCACGGCGGCUGCCGCGUGCCCCGCCUGCGACUGCAACUGCGACGCGCGCCUGCUCCUCGACCUCCCGGAAGAUUGUGCUAAACACUUCAAAGGGGUCAAGAGUCGCGCAUCUGGUGAAGAGACAGAAAAAAGUUUCACAGAACUGCUUGUAGAAGAAUUAAAGCAGAGAGAAGAGGAGGCAACACAAGCCCAGCAAGAGGCUGAUGUUAAGUUGCUCGAGGCCAAAAAGUUAGCUUCGCAGUAUCAGAAGGAGGCUGACAAAUGCAGCUCAGGCAUGGAUACCUGUGAAGAAGCUAGAGAGAAGUCAGCUGUAGCAUUGGCCCAACAGAAGAAACUGACUUCUUUGUGGGAGCAAAGGGCUCGGGAACUAGGAUGGAAACCCGAGAAUGCCAAGGCACACCUAUAG